AUGGAAGAGCUGGCGAGUCUUCCCGACUCCCCCGCGCCUGCGGGUGGACCCCUCCAGAUGGCAACUCCCGAUCGCGUGAAUCAGCGCCGCGACACUCUCUUUGGCGCCUUACGAACUCAAGGAGCGUCAGCAGAUUCCCUUGCUGGUCGCGAUAGCACGGUGCACGACAAGAUCAGCCAGUUCAACAACAUGAGCAUGCAGGCGAGGCAGCAGGAGCGAAAGACGGCCGAUGCGGCGCUGAAGCGGGCCAUGCUGGGUCGCGAAGAGGCAGAGGCGGAGAUGAGGCGCCUCAAGGAUGAAGCUAGAGCCUUGCGACAGGAGAUCGAGGAAGGCAAGGAGCGCGAGAGGAGAGUGGGCGAGCGAUUGGAAACAAUCAUGGAAAACUAUGGACGCGCAAAGGAGACACACGCACAUACCCAGGCUCUAUGGGAAAAGGAAAUCAGACGCGCGCGAAAGGAAAACUUCAAGGCCCAGUCGACGAUUGUGAAGCUUCAGGAAGACAUCAAAUCCGCCCGGUCUAUGACCAAGCUAGUCGAAGAAUCACUACAGACCGAAAGGGAGAAGAGUCGAGCUCGGGAGCAAGAAACAUUUGAAGCAAAGUACCAGGCUAGCAACCUUCAGGAUCAGCUCGAACAAGCACUCGCUCGGGUUAAGCUGGUCGAGCAGGAGCGCGAUGCCUACAAAGUGGCGGCCAAGAACGAAGAAGUUGCGCGUCUCGCUGCAGAGGGCCGCAUUCCCCUGCCGGCUGAGGAAGCAGACGAUGAGUUUGCGUCUCCCCCAAGGAAGCGAAGGAUCGCAUCGACUAUUAGGUGCAAGGAUCCUCGUGUUUCGCUUUCAACAAUGGAGAUCGUCUCGUCAGCUGCGAGCGAGCUGGAGAUUGAGCAGCUCACCGAGCAAUUACAAUGGGAAAGGCAGAGAGCAGAUCGAGCUCAGGAGAUGAUUGAAUUUAUGCAGGCCGAGUGUCAGAUGCACUGCUGCCCAUGCUCCAAGUCCCAACGUCGGACGAGCAUGUUGGCGCAACAGCUUCCCCGAACUCCCGAAAAGACGAGGCUCUCCACGGAGGCUUCCAUUCCAGAAGAGAGGGAUGCGUCUUCUCAGCCUCCUCAGUCACCAAUCCAGCAACUGGAAUUGAAUCCGGGGAAGGUGAGGAAGGGCGCCAGGCGAAGCACCGUCUUCUACCCUAAGGAGGGCGUCUUCCGUACGGUAUCCGAGCAGGAGGCCAUUGAGCUGGAAGCCCAGCGCAAGGCCGAGAUUGUCAUCGAAGCUCAUGAGGAAGUUGAGCCGGAGAUGCCUCCUCCCAAAGAAAAAAUAGAGGCACAUCAACGUACGUUUGCGAGAACACCAUCCGCCGAGCCAUCAUCAGUCUAUGAACUUUCCCACGGGAGAUCAUCGCUCAUGUCGCUCAUCAAUGCACCGCGAAUUGACGCCCAAGCUGACUCUCUUCCAAACUUGCGUAGCUUCCCGACGGUCCGUGACAACGAAGCCGCUCAGGAGAGGUCUCAAUCUUCUUCCAAGAGUUCCUACACAGUAACUACGACAACCUCGGUCCCGGUUCGAGAUGAACGAUCCUCUAGCUCACUGUCUUUCAACCAGAGAAUGCGAACUGCGUCCAACAGCAGCAGUGCGAGCUUUGACACGAGCGACCCGGCCAUGACACCAACCAUGACUCGCGAAGAAGCCCUGGCCAAGAUCCGCGAGAGAAGAGGACGUGCCAGAAGUACAACCAGAGGUGCAGCAACACCACAAAGCCGGCCGACGUCCGGUAUGGGUCGACGGGUAAUAAGCAACUCAACGGGCACGGUUGGAAGCAGAUCCAGAUCCCGGAACGCAUGA